AUGCAAGGACCUCAAGAUGGAAGCUCGGGUGUUGGUACAAGCAAUGUAGGUCAAUACUACAGGUUUAUAACCCUUACUGAUUUUCUCAAGAGUGGUCCACCUCAGUUUAAUCGAAAUGCCAAUGCGUUGGAGGCUGAUCGGAAAUAUUUCUUGCAUGCACUUUGCACUGCAAAGAAGUUGGAGUUAUUGCAGCUGAAGCAAAAGAAUAUGUCUGUUGCUGACUAUACCCGUGAAUUCAACAACCUACGCCACCUCUCAAAAGAUUUCCGGCCGUACCUGGACAAGUUUGUCAUUGUCUUCAUUGAUCAUAUUCUUGUUUAUUCUAAGACUGAAGAGGAGCAUGUUGAUCACUUGCGAUCUUUGCUGCAAAUUCUGAGAGACAGGAAGUUGUACGCUAAGUUAUCUAAAUGCGAGUUUUGGAAGAGUGAGGUGAAGUUUCUCGGUCACGUAGUGAGCAAGCAGGGAAUAGCCAUGGAUCCUGCUAAGGUAGAAGCAGUGAUGAUAUGGGAGCGACCAACUUCACUGACAGAGAUUAGGAGUUUCCUAGGUUUAGCGGGGUAUUAUCGAAGAUUCAUUAAGGGAUUUUCACAGCUCGCCUUACCUUUGACUAAGCUGAAUAGGAAGCGUACACCUUUUGUUUGGACUCUGGAGUGCGAAAAGAGUUUUCAAGCAUCGAAGCAAAGGUUGGCUACUGCACCCGUGUUGGUAUUGCCUGAGCCAUGUAAACCGUUUAAAGUGUACUGUGUUGCAUCAUUAAAGGAUUUGGCAUUCUGA